UCUCUCCAACACAUCCAAACAUAUUAUGUACCAAAAACACAACACCAUUUAGCUCCAAAAAAAGAGCCAUUUCUCUAAACAACACUUUUUGUAAUAUUUAGACCACAAACAUAUAUAUAUAAUAAUGUACCAAAAACACAACACCAUCACCACCGCGGAUAGCCCGGACACCGACGGCGAAACCCCACUUCAUUCUCAACUAAUAAAACCCUUGUCCAAAUUUCCUAACCACCACCAGCCAUCGCUAGUGGCAUACAAAGAAUGUCUUAAAAACCAUGCAGCCACCAUCGGCAGCCACGCCUUAGACGGCUGCGGCGAGUUCAUGCAAUCACCAACUUCCGAUCCAAAACAGCCCACAUCUCUAAAAUGCGCCGCGUGUGGCUGCCACCGUAACUUCCACCGCCGUGAAGCCACCACCAAACCGAACUUCAUUGACUAUAGCUAUGCAUGUGCACCUCACGUGUUACUAUCUCUAGCUGAUCAUCAUCAAAAUCAUAUGGUGGCGGCAACAUCACCAGGAACUCCGGCAGCAUUCAAGGUUGAAAAUCCUAUUGGAAGAAAUAAAAGAUUUAGAACAAAAUUUAGUCAAGAACAAAAGGACAAAAUGUGCAGGUUUGCUGAAAAUAUGGGGUGGAAAAUGCAAAGAUGUGAUGAUAAAAAAGUUGAAGUCUUUUGUAAUGAGAUUGGUAUAAGGAGAGGGAUAUUUAAAGUAUGGAUGCAUAACAAUAAAAAUACAUUUGGCAAGAAGUUGGAUAAUGAUGAUCAUACUAUAUCUCCGACCACCGCCGUUGCCGGUGAUGUGGACAGAGUGGUGGUUAGUAGUGAGUGUGAUCAUGAUGAGAAGGAUGAUGUUAGAAAUAAUGUUGAUCAUCAUCAUGGAAUAUUAUGUGAUAAUAGUACUAAUAGUAGUGAUGAAGAAAAUGGUGGAGGUGGUUUUGGUCAUUUACAAGCUUCUACUUAUAAUGGAUCAUCAUCUUCAUGUUGAUUUUAGUUUGUUAAGUUUGUAUUAUGAUAUAUAAGUUUGUUCAUAGCU